UUCCUGCCAUUUUGCUGCUGAAUCCGAAGGCAAGCGCUGUUACUGCAGCUGCUGUUUGGGGACAUCCGUUAUUUUGUCAUAACGGUACUCUCUGCACACAAAUAAAGAAAUUAUCAUAUUAAAAGAAGGGAAGUUUGACCCAGGGAUAACAUUUCUGCAAAAUGUCAGAUUUCGACAGCAACCCGUUUGCAGACCCGGACUUUAGCAACCCUUUUCAGGAUCCCUCUGUGACACAGGUAACGCGAAAUGCCCCCCCGGGAUUGGAAGAGUACAACCCUUUCACAGACGCAAAACCAGCACCUGCUGGUGCUGCCCCCAAAGUAGCCCCCACCACCAACACACAGCCCGCCAUCAUGAAGCCCACAGAAGAGCCCCCAGCCUACUCACAGCAGCAGACGCAGGACCAGGCCCGGGCGCAGGCAGAGCUGAUGAAACGUCAGGAGGAGCUGGAGAAGAAGGCCGCGGAGCUGGACCGGAGGGAGAGGGAGAUGCAGUCUCUCGGGGUUUCAGGAAGGAAAAACAACUGGCCGCCUCUUCCUGAGAAGUUCCCAGUUGGGCCCUGCUUUUACCACGACAUCGCCGUAGACAUACCGGUGGAGUUUCAGAAGACCGUGAAAAUCAUGUACUAUCUAUGGAUGUUCCACACGGGGACGCUGUUUGUGAACAUCUUCGGCUGCCUGGCCUGGUUCUGUGUGGACCCGACGCGUGGAGUGGACUUCGGCCUGGCCAUGCUGUGGUUCAUGCUCUUCACCCCUUGCUCCUUCGUCUGCUGGUACAGACCCCUGUACGGAGCCUUCAGGAGUGACAGCUCCUUCAGAUUCUUUGUCUUCUUCUUCAUAUACAUCUGUCAGUUCGGCGUGCACGUGCUGCAGGCUAUCGGCAUCACAGGCUGGGGAGCGUGCGGCUGGAUCACGGCGCUCACGGGACUGAAUAAGAGCAUUCCGGUGGGAAUAAUGAUGAUCCUCAUCGCCGCACUGUUCACUGCCUCUGCAGUCAUCUCGCUCAUCAUGUUCAAAAAGGUACACGGGCUGUACCGCACCACAGGAGCCAGCUUCGAGAAGGCCCAGCAGGAGUUCGCCACCGGCGUCAUGACCAACAAAACGGUGCAGACGGCCGCAGCCAACGCGGCCUCCACGGCUGCCCGGGGGGCCUUUAAAGGAGAGCAGAUCUGAGCCGCCCGAGACGCAUCAUCGCCACUCUCCCCCAAUCCCACUCAACCACGCUCUCAUCGCCCCGCCCCCCACCCUCACACCCUGCCCCCUGUCCGGUGCGGAGACCAGACUCUGCCUCCUUUUUUACGCACUCCGGCGACUGACUCCGCCCGUCCGUGUGGCUCCGCAUGUCUUUAACCUGUCCUUUAACGUGUCCCUUAGCGUGUCCUUUAGCGUGUGUGCAUGGGCUCAACCGCCUGGCCUGCCUCCGGGCUGCGGUCAGGGCUCUCUGGCAGGAAGGGGGCAGCCGGGCCGGGGACCCGCUGCUGAAACGCAGGCCUGCGUUAACCGUCUGUGUGCGGGAGGGCUCGCUGGGCCAGAGAGGGCCUGGAGGAGUCACACCCGUGUCCUCUCGUCCUUCCUUUAACGUGUGCCCUGUCCCCCAUCCAGAUACCUGUCCCCCUGUGUUCCACAGUCCACUGCCUCUAGUCCUGUGGAGUGUCUCUGUUCCAUUUGUCUUGCUGAAAUCACUCCCAUCUUUAGAAACUAGUAUGAUGCUAUUUAUUUUGGUUAACCACUCCCUUGGAAACCAAUGGCUGGCUGGAAUAUUUUUGGAAUAGUUUCCAUUUAAGAAUAUAAAAAGGAAUAACUGAAAUCCCGCGAUGCAUUGUGCUGAAUGAAUGAAUGGCACAUUAUUUAUAUCCUAGAUGCAUCAGUAUGAUUUAAUUUAAAGGCUCUGUUGCGGUAUGUGUAAUAUUUAUGCUCCUGGCGCUAGCUUGUUGCAGUCGGCCGGGAAUUAACACUGGAAGUGAGAAACGGCGAAUUGCCUUCAGCGACGGCCUUAACAUGAGCACAGCUGCACUGAAGCAGUCCCAGUUCAGGACUGCGUAGCCUACCGUGUGAGGUCUGAGGGCAGCUUGUGCAGGCAUGGUGUCACGCAAGACCCUGCACUAAAGCUCGUCUUUAUCUACUUUCUCAUCUCCAUGUUCGGCUGUGUCCUCCAACGUUUCAUGGGGAAUGCUUGAGUGCAAGACUGGGUCCCUGGGUUAUCUAAGGUUUAAGGUCAACCACAUUGCUUGUAAACUCGUCUAUUGUCUGAAAUUAUUUCCAUAGCUUGUACGGUACAGACAUGCAGAGUUCCUUUAAUGAGGAGUCGAAAGAAUUGCAUGAACAUUCCUACCACUGCCCCUCACGACCCAAAACAACACGAUUGUUUUGUGAAUCGAUACAUAUCGGCACAUUGGCCCGCAGCUGCUAGGCCGACGCAUAAUAGCAGUGAGGCUAUACGGUUUGUUCAUCUUUAAAAAGACCAAGGAGAUCCUUUUCCCCAUUAUUAUUUCCAGCACGUGUCCUGAGCCACACGUUUCACUGGGCUCGUGUACCUGAACGCAGCUGCUGCUGAUGGAAACCCUACAGUGUCCUCCAUAAAACACGGCUACAGCUGAAUCAACAGUGUCAGGCCGGAGCCUUUUUCAGGCCCGCCUGCGUGCCGUUCCUCACUCUCGGUGGGGUGCAGACAGGCACUGAGAGACAGAGCGGCUCUGCCAUUAGCCUGGAGUUAAGGGUGCGUCUAAGGCAACGCCGUAAUCAGAUCUCUGAAUGCCCUGUCACAUUUGCAGCCAGUGCUAUUGCGUUUCAGACAGUGUAAAACAUGCUGGCUUUGAACUGUCUGAAUGGGAGUUGUUUCUCUAAAUCAUUUCUGUGGUCCCUACUUUUUGAUCUCUUUCCAUCGUACCACUUCUACUGAUCCCCCAUCACUACAUACUGCUUUUGCAGUCCGAUAGUGGAUCUGAGUCGUGUCAAGGCACUCCAGUUUAGCUACUCUUACCGUUAUUAGUCUGGCUUUUUUGCAUUUCCUUAUUAUCACAACGGGAAAGUGUAAUGGUAUGAAGUGUACUCCUCUGUGCAUGAUGUCAGACCCUCGCUACGCAGACGUGGGCUGAAUGUAUGGAGAACGACCCGACAGUGGUGCCUGUUCUGUGGCUUCAUCUCAUUCACACAACAUGGGUCUUCACUGGCCUUGGUCCUCUGUAGCACAGAACGUUUCCAUGUGUUUCUGGGAGCUUCACUAAACCCCAGACAGAAUCAUUUGCUGGAAUGGUUUAGACAUGGAGCUUAGAAACGGGCAUCUUCAUUAUGUCAAGUGAAAAAAGCCACUGCAAUUUACUCUUAACUACAAGAACGAUGCAAUACAAUAGGGCCUUCUAGAGUGUCCUAUACUCAGUGCAACCUCCAAUGAAAUAACUACUUAAUACGACAUUUAUUGUCCAAGGGCCUUUGCAGAUGUACAAGGGACUGAGGACAAUGGGAGAAUUUCCUUGCGGAAGGGGGAAUCUUUGAGGACACGAAAUGUGAACAUUAAUGAGGUGGAUGGGUGUAAGAGUGUUUUAUCCAUCCCAUUUUAACUGCACUCUCACGAUGGUGUGUUUCAGCUAUGUCACCAUUCUUUCCUUUUUAUUUAAUUUUACUUUUCUGAACAUAUGGUCUGUGGUCAUAUGGUCGUAUUCCGGAAUAAUGAUAAGCCGUAGAAACAAGUCUGAUUUUACAAAGAAAACAAAAUGGCCACUUAUCAGCGGGUGCUGACUGCUUUGGCAGUCGAUGAUGUUAAGUGAUGUUUCCUGGGUGAGAGAGAGACUGGUUCUGUGUGUGAGGGGGUUCUCCCCUGUCAUUCCUCUUACCUCUCCCCAUUCACCCACUCCUUUCUCUGACUGGCUGUCUCAUGUGUCCGUCAGUCUAUCAGUGGGCUUUACACUGAUGUGUGAUUAUGAGUGUCUAUCACUUACGCUUUGUGUAAAAACUGCUUAUGUGAAAUGAUCUCCGGUUUUCCAAAAAAUACAGAUUAAGUACAAGAAUCAAUCGGCUGUUUCGCUGAAAGGAAGCAUAGAUGUCCGGUAUGCUUCCAGGAUUACUGGUGGGUGGUUUGAUGCGAUAAUUGCUCCUUGGCCUCGGGAAUGUGUAUAUACCCUUUUGAAAUUCAGUGAAUAUGAUGCAUAUUCCAGCCUUUCCUUAGUGCAAACCGACUCCAAUAGCUAUUUCAACCAGUAAUACUCAGGAUAUAUGUCAGAAGCAUGAACAUUUGCCUCACAAGUUUACUAGGAUCUGGCAUGAGAAUGGAGGGAGAGUGUAAAAUGAUAGGAAGUGUAGAGACUGAUACUACCGGCACCUUAAUUCCCCCAGAUUCAUUCUCAUUAACUACUGGUUAAAACAGAAAAUCAGUAAGGUUACAUAUUCAAUGGUUUUUCAUUUUUAGCUUAUUUAAUAUUUUGUAAACAUGAAUAUUCAUGUCUUGAAUCUAAGUCGAAGGUGAGGUUGUUUUAUUUAAUUUAUUUUUUUGUAUAUUGUACAUGUGAUAUCUGCUUUAGUUUUGUUCUUGUUUUAGUUAGUCUGUGUUGAAGAUCCUGAUAUGAUUGAAUUCAGAGGGCUGAACUGAAUUACUGCCCUGUCAGUUUUGAUUUGAUUUUGUUUGUGCUAUAGUUUCUCUUCAGUAUUUUAAUUGCAUGGUCUGUAAUGUUGAGCCCUCCAUACAUUUAACCAGGACAGUGUUUUUACAUUCUGCUGCAAUAUGGUGUGAGUAUAUCAAUGGCUCAUGGAUUUUAAAUUCUGAAUGGCGUGUUAGUACAGACCGUCUUUCUGUUCAGUGUCAUUGGCACAACAGUGUAAUUUGAAUAUGUCGACAUAGUGAAUAUCACUCAGAAAAGGUGAUUGCAGCCUGGCAGAUAGUUCUUCCUCAUGUGUCUCUCUGUUCAGUGUCAUUGGCACAACAGUGUCAUCUAAAUAUGUGGACAUAGUUAAUAUCACUCAGAAAAGGUGAUUGCAGCCUAGCAAGAUAGUCCUUCCUCAUGUGUCCUUCUGAAGUGUUUCUAACCAGUGAAGAAAGAUUUUAAAUGAUCUUGUUCAGUUGUGGGAAAAAAUGCAGGAUAUUUCCAAAAUGUGUUAUUUUGUUUUGGUUAUCUUUUUCAUUUUCCAACAUUGUGUGACCUUUUUCCUUUCUUUUUAUGGUGUGGGUGCAUGUGCGCACACAAGAGUGUGUGUGCACGUGUCUGUGUGUGUGUGCGCGCGCGCGCAUGUUGAGCUUAUUUAUGAGUUCCUUUUUUAAUAAAUUCAAGCGAAUGGCACACAUGUUCCUGUUAAACUAUUUUUUUCCAGUAAGUUUAUAGUCAUUUCAUUAGAAAAUACACAGUUAAAAUGGGGAAUUUGAGAAAGCAAACGCCAUUUGAAUUUACUCUGUGUUUUGCAGUGGACUGUGGCUUUAAGUAUCACUUUUUAAUUGAUGACACGAGUAUAUAGUUGAAACACUGAAAGGAGAUGUUAAGUUGUCGGGUGGAAGUGUGAUUAUGGGUUUGAAUUUAUUUAAAAUGGACUAAGGGAUAUUUGUAUAUUUUGUAAAUUGACAAUUGGUCUGCCAUUGUCCUGAAUUUCAUUGUACUGUACAAAUGCACUCUUGUCUCUCCCUGUCGCAUGUUGAAUAGUUUGAGUUUUGUAUAUUUAUUGUAUUAACACAAAAUAAAAUUUAAAACCCAACUACCA